UGACUGAAUAAGCGGAGAGAGAAUUCCUAGCGCGCUUUUGUUUGCUUUCUGCUGCAUUACUAAGAAGUUCCAAGUUGUGUGCUGCUGCUUCUUGGUGGGUGUAAACAUAGAUAAUUUGUAGUUUUACAGCUGUUAGGGGAAACCUUUACGUUGUCGUGGAGUUUAGUGGCGUACUACGCGGUACGUGGUAAUCUAAAGUCCAAGUAUUUUUCUGGAACUCGAUGUUGUCAUGAAAACCAUAAGAGCUCCACAUGCUUAACACCACUUGCGAUUCCAAGCUGACCUACACGCGGCUCUCAGGUUGAAGGUGCUGCACAAUUGACAUGGAGCACAAAAAGGAGGGCAGACAGCCUGGCGGACGCGGUUCAGACUGGGGUCGCAUCGCCCUGCUGGAUAAAACGAAAGAGUUCUUCCAGACGUGCGACGCGGACGGUCGAGGAUUCAUCACACGCACCGACAUGAGGAGGCUCCACAGGGAGCUGCCGCUGUCGGCGGAAGAACUGGAAGACGUAUUUGACUCUCUGGAUGCAGAACAUAGUGGUUACCUCACGUUGGAAGCCUUCUCUUCUAGAUUCAGUCAGUUCCUUCGCGGCCGGAGAAUCUCAGUGACCGAGGAACCGAACCAGACGCAAGGUCCGGGUUUCAGGACCAAGGAGGCCUUCUACCAGAGCCAAUGGGAUGCCAAGCUGUCCGGGGUCGAGGACGAGGAAGAGAGACACUUCUGCAUGCUGCUGGACAGCUUGGGAGCCAGUAACGUUUUUGAGGACUCGGGUGAAGUGCGAAGUCUGUGGGCGCAGCUGAGGCGAGAUGAGCCUCAUCUGCUGUCCAACUUUGAGGAGUUCCUGGCUAGGGUCACCUAUCAGAUCAAGGAAGCGCACCAGGAGAAGCGUGACAUGGAGAGCGCCCUCCAGAGGAAGGCGGCGACCCACGACGACGAAAUCCGCCACCUGUAUGAAGAAAUGGAAGCGCAGAUCAAGACGGAGAAAGACAAGCUACUGCUGAAGGACACGGAGCGUCUCCAGUCAAAAAGCAAUGACCUGGAAGACCAGCUGACCUCCAAGGAGAGGGAACUGGAGCUGCUUUUCCAGAAGCAGAAGAGGUUGGAGCUGGAGUGUCGCGAGCUGAACAGCGAGAAGCAGGAGAGCCACGUGGAGAACGUCAAGCUCAAGGUGACCAACAACGAGCUGGCGCGGGCACUGGAGAGCACCAGCCAGGAGCUGCUGGUGGCUCAGGACCAGCUAGCCAUGCUGCAGGAACAAGCGGCGCGUCUGCACCAGGAGAAGGAGAUGGAAAUGUACAGAGUCACCGAAGGACUGCAAAGAGAGAAGCAAAGCCUCAUGAAGCAGCUGGACCUCCUCAGAGAGAUGAACAAACAUCUAAAGGACGAGCGUGACAUCUGCUCUGGUGUGCCAAGAACGUCUCUGAGGAAGAAGCAGAAGCAGCGAGCCGGCCUGGCCGGCAUGUUCGACGACAGCGGCCAACCAGCUAAAAGAUCUCCCGUGGUGCCGGACGGCUCCUACCAGUCUUUGGAGGCCUUGCCUAUCGAGCACCUUCAAAUCGUGUUUGUUGCUUCCUCCUCAUGUAGUGAGGAUGACGCAGUGGCCGUCAAGAAGAGCGGAGGAUUGAUCAAUGGCUAUGGUGGCCCCGCGCCCCCAAAAGCUCACAAUGUGAGGACCAAAGCCAAGAAGGCCAUCACCCGCUCCUCGAGUUUUCGGAGGACUGCGCGAGAGCGGGCCAAGAGGCCGGAAGCCAAGCCUGACAUCGAGGAUGAGGUGCUGGACUCCCCCCCGGGUGGGUGGCCUCUUCGCCGGGUCAUCUCCAUUGAAGAGGACCACCUGCCACACCUCCUCCAAGGGGGGCCGCAGCUUCUCCUGCACCAGCUCAGCGAGGAAGAAGAUGGCGAGGAGGCCCGCAGUGAUUCUGAAUCCGGCAUUGUCGCCAGAAGGACUGGCCUUUUGAAGAAGACCCCAAUGUCCCCACGUGGACAACCUGUUGGAAAGGAGACCCAGCAUGCACGUGAUGUUGCCGAAGCACCCAUGUUAGGCCCCAGUCGCUUGUUCAAGGUGGUCCUGGUGGGCAACUCCAGCGUGGGCAAGACGUCACUUUUGCGCUCCUUCUGCGAGGGACAUUUCCACCCCUCCACCGCAGCAACUGUGGGGAUCGACUUCAGCGUGAAGACGUUAACCUUGAACAACAUGCAAAUCGCGAUGCAGCUUUGGGACACGGCGGGUCAGGAGAGGUAUCGCAGCAUCACCAAGCAGUUCUUUCGCAAGGCCGACGGCGUGGUGGUGAUGUACGACGUCACUUUGGAGGAGAGCUUCAAGGCGGUGCGACCCUGGCUCGCCAAUGUCAAGGACGCAGCAGGAGAAGGCGUCCAAAUCCUGGUUCUGGGCAACAAAAUGGACAUGGAAGGAGAAAGAGAGGUGUCCUUUACAGAAGCAGAACACCUUGCUCAGGAAAGUAAGGUGAUGUUCUAUGAGGUCAGCGCCUACACAGGCAAGAACGUCACUGAGUCCUUGACGCAUCUAGCCAGGGUGUUGAUGGAGCAAGAAGACCGAGUGAGAGACACAACAGUCAUCCUCAGCGCGCAACCCUUGAAGAAGAAAGCCUGCUGCAAGUGAAGACAGUCGCGAUGCGUUCAAAACAAUCUGGUUUUAUCUGGAUCUUUGAAAAAGACCCAGAUGGUGUUAUUUGAACGGAGCACAUCCCGAACUGUUAGGCCGAUCGGCACGGUUUGCAUAUCGAAACGACUGGAAUUUUCACGCGACGCAGGUCAUUUUUCGAACGACCCUGAAAAAUUUUCCAUUCGCGUGUAAAUGCCAAUUUUUCAACGAUUUUUGAAGAAGAAAAAAACACAUUUUAAAAAUGUAUCUAGUCCUACAAUUUUUGAUCAAAUCACAUAUGUUGGCCAUCAAAAUUCCAGGACGGUGAGGGACAUAAAAGUUUGCGGUUCCCUGGAAAUUUGCCAAAAACUUUCCCAUUUAUUUUUAAUGGGAUGCAAAGUUGGUUAAAAAAAAAUCCAAUUCAUUUCCAGUGGAAUUUCUAAAGGAAUUUACAGUGCAUUUAUGCCACUGACGGCCAUGGACGUCCAAAUUUCCUGUUCAUUUUCAAUGGCAACAAAAUUAAUGUCCCCAAAUCAACAGGAAAUGACCAGAUAUCAAUAGGACGUGUCCUCCAAAUGUCCCAGAUUCUGUUGACGCAUAUGGAAGUUGAUGCCAUUGCCGGCCGUGGAUGUCCAAAUUUCCCAAUCACUUGCAAUGGAAUUCACAGUGCAUUUAUGCCAUUGACGGCCAUGUUUGUCGAUUCUAUUGAUGCCAAUGUACUUGGAUUCCAUUGACGCACCUGUAAGUCGAUGCCAUUGACGAGCAUGGACGUCCAAAUUACCCAUUCGUGUUCAAUGGCAAAAAACAUAUGACCCCAAAUCAACAGGAAAUGACCAGAUAUGACUAGGACACGACCCCCAAAUGUCCCCAAAUGUCCUGAUAUGCCACGCACCCUAAUGUCCCCAAGUGACCGGAUAUAACCAGGCCAAGCCCCCCAAAUAUCCCCAAAUGACUUGAUAUGACCAGGCCACGCCCCCCAAAUUUCCCUAAAUGACCUGAUAUGACCAGGCCACGCCCCCAAAUGUCCCCAAAUGACCUGAUAUGACCAGGCCACACCCCCUAAAUGUCCCCAAAUGACCUGAUAUAACCAGCCCACGCCCCUCAAAUGUCUCCAAAUGACCUGAUAUGACCAGGACACGCCCCCCAAAUGUCCCCAAAUGACCUGAUAUGACCAGGACACCCCCCCCAAAUGUCCCCAAAUGACUUGAUAUGACUUGGACACGCCCCCCAAAUGACCUGAUAUGACCAGGAUGUGUCCCCCAAAUGCCCCCAAAUCAACAGGAAGCGACAUGAUAUUGUCCCCAAAAUGUCCGCAAACCAACCUGGGCAAAGACCCAGAGUAAUUUCUCCAGAAAUUGCAGUUUCUAGUUUGCGUUAUGUUGUUCAAUUUUUGGAAAAUCACGCAGUAUAUUUUAGAACGAAAUAAAUAUCUGCAAUUCAUUUCAGCUUUAAUUCAUUUUAAGUAUGUUUCUGAGUAUUCUUAACUCAUCCGCUGCCAUUGACAGCGAUAGACGUCCAGUCCAUUUUCACUAGCACUUUCAAUGGCAGCCAAUAAGUAACCCAGCCUUCUCAUGCUAAACAGUUAAGUCAAAACAAGUCCAUGAGGGUCCAUUAAGCUUUCGUUACAUUCUUCAAAAUGUCUGCCAUUUUGGUGUUAUUGCUGAUUCGGAUGACAUCAAGACUGGCCGGGGUGUUGGUUUCGGGGGUGCUAACGCAUCUUAUAGUCGUGGGAGAUGGCGGCAUCGCACAGCUGGCCUUUAAAGUCCAGUUCCAAGGUGAACUCCAGGUCACGCUGCAAUAGAAGAACAGUCAGGAAGCGGAAUUUUCAAAAUUCUGUCAUUCAGAAUGACCGCCAAAACUGAUUUCUCACCACAUUUCUCUCAUUGGGCCUGACGGCGAUGCUGCCGAAGAUCUCUUCGCCUUUCUUCACCGUCAAGUAGUCCUCCAAGUAGAAGACUGUCUGCUUC